GAGCCGCGGGGACAUCGCGGCGCCACCGUCCCCAACCCUCUGCAGAGCCGCCCAGCGCCACGCUGAUUUAUUUAUACCCCCUAAAUAUUUAUUUGUCCCCUAAAUAUUUAUUUAUACCCCUAAAUAUAGCAAACCGCCGGGAUGAAAAACAAAACCAAACCCGGCUGUGGUCACCGCGCCACCCCACCGGCGGAUGGAGGGUGGUGCCCGCCGUGGGCGGUGGGCGCCGGGGCGAGGAUGAGGAGGGGAUGAAGCAGCUGCCAGGCGAGGAUGAGGAGGGGAUGAAGCAGCUGCGCCUUUAACGGCGUGUUUUGCACGGCCGGCUGCUCGCUGCUGCGGUUCCUGGCAGACCGGCACGCCCAGGGCUGAGCGCGCAGGGGCUCUUUUGGGGCGAGCAGCGAGGGGAUGGGGGACCAGGAGGAGGAGAACUACUACGGGAAGCACGGGACGCCGCAGAAAUAUGACCCGAAGUUCAAAGGUCCCAUCUACGACAGGGGCUGCACCGAUGUGGCCUGCUGCAUCCUGCUGGUCCUCGCCAUCGUGGGCUAUGUCGUGGUGGGCAUCGUGGCGUGGACGCACGGGGACCCGCGGAAGGUGAUCUACCCCACGGACAGCCGCGGGCAGUUCUGCGGUCAUCAGGGAACAGCCAACGAGGACAAGCCUUUUCUCUUCUACUUCGACAUCGUGAAGUGUGCCAGCCCACUGGUGCUGCUGGAGUUUCAGUGCCCGACCACACAGAUCUGCGUGAGCAAAUGUCCGGACCGGUACAUGACCUACCUGGGUGCCUACAGCUCCCACGUGCCCACCGACCUGCAGUACUACCGGCAGUUCUGCGUGCCCGAAUUCGGGGACCUGAGCAAGGCUCCCAUCGAGGUGCUGAAGGACAAGGAGUGCCCAGCCAUGCUCAUCCCCAGCACCCCACUGGCUCGCCGCUGCCUCCCGGCCAUCCAGGCCAAGAAGGGUGUCAUCAUGGUGGGGAACGAGACCACCUACGAUGACGGGCGCGGGAGCCGCAGGAACGUCACCGAGCUGCUCGAGGGGGCCAGAAAAGCAAACGUGGUCCUGGAGAUGAGGCAGCUGGCCAUGAAGAUCUUUGAGGACUACACGGUCUCCUGGUACUGGAUCAUAAUAGGCCUGGUGAUCGCAAUGGUGGCCAGCUUGAUCUUCAUCGUCCUGCUCCGCUUCCUGGCCGGGAUCAUGGUCUGGGUGAUGAUCGUGCUGGUGAUCCUGGUGCUGGGCUACGGAAUCUUCCACUGUUACAUGGAGUACGCCAAUCUGAAGGGGGAAGCUGGUUCUGAUGUCUCCCUGACGGACCUUGGGUUUCAGACGGACCUGCGCGUCUACCUCCACCUGCGGCAGACGUGGCUGGCGUUCAUGAUCAUCCUGUGCGUGGUGGAGGUGGUCAUCAUCCUGCUGCUCAUCUUCCUCCGCAAGAGGAUCCUCAUCGCCAUCGCGCUCAUCAAGGAGGCCAGCAGGGCUGUUGGCCACAUCAUGAUGUCGCUGCUGUUUCCGCUGUGCACCUUCUUCCUGCUGUGCCUCUGCAUCGCCUACUGGGCCAGCACGGCCGUCUUCCUCUCCACCUCCAACGAGGCGGUCUAUAAGGUGUUCAACGAGUCAGCGUGCCAGUUUUCUGGGCAGACCUGCAGCCCAGAGAAAUUCAACACGUCCAACGUCACCAAGCUGUGCCCCGACGCCCAGUGCCUCUUCGCGUUCUAUGGGGGAGAGACGGCAUACCACAAGUACCUCAUCAUCCUUCAGUUCUUCAACGUCUUCAUGUUCUUCUGGCUCGCCAACUUUGUGAUCGCGCUGGGGCAGGUGACGCUGGCAGGCGCCUUCGCCUCGUACUACUGGGCCUUCAAGAAACCUGAUGACAUGCCUGCCUUCCCCCUCUUCUCCGCCUUCGGCCGCGCACUCCGGUACCACACUGGCUCACUUGCCUUCGGGUCGCUGAUCCUUGCCAUCGUCCAAGUCAUCAGGGUCAUUCUGGAGUACCUGGACCACAGGCUGAAAGCUGCAGAUAACAAGUUUGCCAAGUUCCUCUUGAGCUGCCUGAAGUGCUGCUUCUGGUGCCUGGAAAAAUUUAUCAAGUUCCUCAACAGAAACGCCUACAUCAUGAUUGCUGUUUAUGGCACCAACUUCUGCACCUCCGCCAGGAACGCCUUCUUCCUGCUGAUGAGGAACAUCAUUAGGGUGGCCGUCUUAGAUAAAGUCACCGAUUUCCUCUUCUUCCUCGGAAAACUCCUCAUCGUGGGCAGUGUUGGAAUCCUCGCUUUCUUUUUCUUCACCCAGCGCAUCAAGCUGGUCCAAGACACAGCGCCGUCCCUGAAUUACUACUGGGUUCCUAUUCUGACGGUGAUUGUGGGCUCCUACCUCAUUGCCCACGGGUUCUUCAGCGUCUAUGGCAUGUGCGUGGACACCCUCUUCCUCUGCUUCUGUGAAGAUCUGGAGAGGAACGAUGGAUCUCCCGAGAGGCCUUACUACAUGUCCCCCGAGCUGAGUGCCAUCCUGCUGAAGGGGACCCUAGAGCCUUCCAAAAGCACCGAUAGCCAAGGCUAGGGCUGGCCCCAGGGUGGCUGCGUGGCCCCAGCAGCCUUCUCCUGCGGCCGCGGUUGGUGCAGAGCUCCCAGCUGGAUGUCCUCCAGGUCAUCCCGGCCGGAGGGGUGCUGGCUUCUCCCUGCUGUACCAACCCCAUCUCCCCGCCCAAUAAUGAAUACUCUUGUAUGGAAGGAACAAAUCUGGAGUUAAUCUGGGCUCCUGCAGAGCUGGGCACAUGUGGCCAGGAGCUGUUGAGCCAUGCGUGCCCGGUGCUGGUGUGCGGCCAGGUUCGCUCCUGGGGUGGUGGAAAACCGGUGCCCCCGCUCCUCGCCCUGUGCCAAGCGGGUCAGCGCACCCGAGGAACCCCGUGCAUGGUGGCGGACGUUUCGCUUUCAGUUCCUGCAGAGUGUUGGGUGUGAAGCAGAGCACGCCCUUCUCAUGGGUGAACCCCCCCCCCCGCUGUUGUUGUAAGGAGGUUAAAAGGAGCAGCUGGCGGUGGUUGCAAACUGCCGAGGCUUUUACUCACAGCCUCCUGCGUUUAACAAAGAUUUUGGGUCCUCCUGCUGGUGGAGCAGAGGUUGAGCCCCUACGUGGAGGCUUGCCCGGUGCUGUACGAGCUCUGCUUGCUCCAGAGCUGCUUUGGUCGGUGGUUUGGCUGAUCUGUGGGUGGAGGAGCUGCUGGACCACGAUGGCUUCGUGACGGCUGGGUCCUCUCCUUGUUUUCUCUUGAUGCCCCAAGGGUGAGCAAGGCUUAAGGAACGCCAUCCUUGGCGACUCACCCUGCACGCCAUCCCACAGCUCGUGGUACAAACCCCGAGCAGACGGAGCGCCACCUCCAGCAGGACAAAGGCGCAGUGUUGAUGCUUGGAUUCCCAUCCCGGCGUCGUCCCUUACAAAACGUCCCAGAGCUCUCUUUGCUCAGCUCUGACGCUGGUGCUUUGUGGUUUGUUUUUUCUGUUGUUGUGGUUGUGACUUUCUCGCUGGAGCAGCUGUUUGGCGCCGAGGCCAACCGGUGCGUUCAGUGCUGGGAAUGCACCUAAUUACUGCGUGCACGUCGCGUGUUGGCGAGGGCAUUGUGUGCUGGGCGAGCAAUGCUGAGCAAAAUCCCUUUGUACUCGUCGCUGGAGCAAUUCGGGACGCAGAAGGAGCAAAAAUCACUUUGUGCUUGUGGCCCAAGCAAUUCAGGACACGGGAGGAGCAGGGAGGGAGGUGGAGGCAGCACUCCGGGGUGACCUCUCCUCACAGCUCCUUCCUGCAGCACUAUUUAAACUUUCCCAAGGGAAAAAAAAAUAAUAAUUACGAAACCUUUACUUUCUUCCAAGUAACAAUCAGGAAGUUUUCAGAGCACAGCACUCCCUUUAAAACAAGGAGCGGCUGUGACGGUUCGCACGCCGGGAGCCUUUAGGUGCAGCAGAGGGAAAAUCCCCUCUCCCCACGAUGAGCUGAAAGACCUUUAUUUCCACGGGAGCGCCCCAAAGGAAUAUUUCUUAGCCGGGUGGCACAGUGCUCCUCUGCCAUCUCGCUGCCUUUAAGCUCCGUGCCCUGGCCGUGCCAACCCCUGUCUGUGGCCCCCGCUGCUGCGCGGGGGGGUUUCUCGUUGCAGUGGAAGACCUGGAGCGAAACGACGGCUCGGCCGAGAAGCCGUACUUCAUGUCUCCCGACCUGAAGAAGCUGCUGAAGAAGACGAACAAGGGCCAGCCGGAGGCGUAGAGCCCGCCGCAUCCUCCCCGCUCCUCCGUUUUUUCCCUUCCCGCGCCGGGAGCAAGGUUGCGGGGUUGCACCCGGCGCUCAGCACUGCUUGUCCCAGGAGAAAAUGCUGUCUCGAUGCACCCAAACCACCAGUGAGGCUCUGCGCAGAGCAGCGGGGAAGGGCUCAUUUCAGAGAGGACUGUGUGAUUGUUAACGAUCUGGCGUUAAUUGCCAGGGCGGUAUAACUCAGCACGGCUCAGCCCCUGCCCAUCCCACGUUGGGAUGUUUCUGGCCAGAACCUGCUGGCGCUGAUAAAAGCAGCGUGGGACCGGCUCUGGCACGAGCACAAGGCAAAGUCCGGUCUUCAGGGGCAUUGAGCCAACAGCAAAGUGAAUUUUAAAGUAAAUGAGAAAUCCGACAAUGCCGUCAUGUUCAGGGCAGCCGUGCUCGGCUGCCUCGUAGCGCCUGGACAAACCCAGGCGUUGCAGUGACCGCCGAGCCAAGCAGCUGCCCUGGUGGUGGCUUUAGGCAGCUCUCUGGCUUGCUGCUGAUUUGCAGCCCCCCCCCCCAAAAUAUUUGGGUGAAACUGGUUCCCACCUGGAGAGCCAGAACGUGCAGAAACAGCCUUGCUUCUCUUGCUGUCUUUCGAAGACUCUUUAGGGUUCUGCUUUGGGGUUUUUGGUGGGUGCAGAUUAGAGAAGUAAUCACUUUAUGAAUAAGCUCGUUAUUGCUCUUAUAACCAUGUGCGAAGGUGGAAGGAAAUCCCGGGUUGAAGGUGCCCAGCUAUCCGAGGGGGCCAUGAACUGGGACAGAUGGGCGUACUCUGUGCAGUUAUUUCAUCGUGCUGAAAGGGCUGACAGCUUCCACCCCAUCCUCUGAACAAAUCCUGCGUUACGUUUUCCAAAAUGUGGCAGCAAAGUGUCCCUAACACGUCAACAAAAUUAGCUAGUGGUGCUUUGCCUGUGUGAUGAUCUAGGAAGACCCCCCCACCUGUCGGCAUGGUAAAGUAGUGUGUGUAUGUGUAUAUAUAUACAUAUAUAUCUAUUUUUUUUUUUAGGUUUACAUUAGGUAAUUUUAAGCAAACCAAAUGCCAAACAGGUUGCCUUAUGUCCUGAGACGCCACGGGGCUUUCUGGACUUUUAGCUAGCUGCUUUUUCUAAUAGGAAGGUGCAGACCUCUAGCAGCUUCCAUCAGAAAAACAAGGGAGAUUUUUGAGAAAUAGAUUGAAGGAGGUUAAAUAUCGCUGCCUCAGAGCAUUAAAACGUAAAUAAAAUACCGAAGCUUCCUUUGAGCAGAUCACGGGAGCUACACAGCCCUGCUGUUGUGAACGGGGAACUGCAGGAGCCACGUGUGCCAAUUUCAAGGAGGCUUUGCCCAGGUGUAGUCACCUCCAAGGAUUUUACCUGAUUGCGCUUUAUUCUGCUUUAAAAUAAAUUCGCUGAGGUGUGAAAUGGAGAACUUAAGCAGCUCCCGAAGCACAGGGUGGGCAGCAGGAGGUUUGUGGGGCUGCAGGCACCUCCUUCUCUUAAAAAUUGCAAAACUUCUUUAUUACAAGGGUUUAAAUUUGGUUAGCCACGUGUAACUGUAACUCGAGCUCAAAGGUAUAUUCUGCUUCUUUUAUACGUAUUUCUCAGUAAUCUUUAGAUCCCUGUAGUAUUUUUGUAAGAUACAAGAGACGUUUUCUAUUUGCACUAUUAACUGCUUUGGGGGGGUUCUAUAUUUUGGUUUUAGCCGUUUCCCGGUGGUUUCAGUUCUCCAGCCGUUGCUGUGAUCCCUUCCAGUACUGCUUUAGGGACAGGUGUUGAAACAGUCAUGUGCUGAGGUGAUGCUAACUCGGGGGCAAAGCUUUAAAAAAAAAAUAAAAUAAGGCAUUAAAGAGGAGAAUCGUCCUCUCAGUUCAGGAUAGGCGGUCAGUAGGUAAGUGGGAGCAAUCAUAGGAAUGUAUUAAUUUUACAGCUGCAGUAGCAGCCAUGAGAAAAUACUUUCUGGGGCAUGAUUCUAGUCCUGAAUUAUUAUUUUUUUUUUCCCCUUUCCUCUGGCAUCCUUGCAUAUGUUUUGAGUUGUGUUUUUCCAUUUUUUUUUUUUUUUUUUUUCCUGUUUGAAGUUUAUGUAUAGAGGGCAAAUUCACUGCUUGCUCCUAGACAUCAGCUGUUAACUUUUCAUGCUUUGGUUGUGGAAAUGCUGUCCAAGGUAACAGGACCAUCAGUAACCGACAUUUAUGUGCAUCAACAUACACCACAGAUUGUUAGGUCUGAAAAUACGAAGGUUGAAAAAGGACUGUUAAUAUAGCAAAAGGUGCUCUUCGUUUGGGACAUGGGGCUGGCUCUGCUGUGUUGUGUAAACUUGGGAUUCAAGGGGCAGAAUUAGGGGAUCCUAUUUAUUUCCUGCUGAGGAAAUGGUAUUCACGCCACAGCAGGGUUUUAGCAUCCAGAAAGGCUUCACUCGAUGACUUCCACUGUUUCUUUCUGCAAGCGCGGGCUGAUGCCUGCACCUGGGAGUACACCUCCUAUGCCUAAGCCAUGUAUUUAAAAAUAUCUUUCAUCUUUAGGAAUAAUUGCGCUCUUUUCUGUCUUGCGAGAUGCUCCUUUUGCCCCUGUGAUCCACGCAUGCUCCUUGUUACUCCCCGAAUCAUCCCAGGGCCCUGCUUAAAAGCUGCAGGGCUGAUGUUCUACACCCCCCUUCCUUUUAAAUGUGUUUCUCCGAGGCAUUAAGUACAGCUGCUGUGCACCGGGGCCCCUAUGCAAGCACACACCUCCAGCUGGAACGUACGCGCGUGUUUCCGAUGUCACAUGCGGCGGUUGUGUUGAUGUCAGCAUUCCAACCAGAAAUAAAGUGCCUAUUUGGACCUCA